AUGGGCACGCGCGGGCCCUAUGCGCUGGUGGACACCACACCGGCUAAGACCAUCUUGGUGUACCGCAACGGGGACCAGUUCUAUGUGGGUCGCAAGUUUGUGUUCUCCCGGCGUCGCGUAGCCAACUUCGAGGCCCUGCUGGAGCAGCUGACCGAGCAGGUGGAGGUGCCCUUCGGUGUGCGACGGCUCUACACGCCCACCUUCGGCCACCCGGUGCUCGGACUGGACUCGCUGCAGGCCGGUGGCAAGUACGUCGCUGCGGGCCGGGAGCGCUUCAAGAAGCUGGACUAUAUUCAUAUAGUUCCUAGAAAACCUUCAAAGAUGAGAAAGUUGAAGGAAAUCAAGCCGGUGGUACAUUGUGAUAUCAACGUGCCUUCCAGGUGGCAAACACAGAGCAGGACAUCCCGAUACAUAAAUGUUUUCACAAAUGGAAGAUUAUUUAUCCCUCCUAUAAAAAUUAUUAUACCCAAAUUCAGCCUGUCAGAUUGGAAUAGCGUGCUGGCCAUGAUCGGAGAAAAAGUCUUCCCUCUAGGAGGAGUUCGAAAGUUGUUUACGAUGGAUGGACAUCUUUUGGAUGAUUCAAAGAAUUUGCAAGACAAUCAUUUUUAUGUUGCUGCAGGACUGGAGACUUUCAAAUCCAUUCCUUACUGGCGGUCCUCACGGGUCCCCAGUGAGGUCCAGCAGAGGUUUGGGAGCAAUGAUAAAUACACACAAACAAAGAAAAGAGUGGAGUUCAAAGUAAAAGAACCUCUUCAAAAUGAGAGUGUACCACCUAAAAGUCAGGAUUCUGUUUAUUAUGCCAAAGAGAAAAAGCAGAUGGACACACAACCUUUCAUUCCAAGUGGUGCAGAAGGCGAUGUAUAUAAAGCACAGACUCCUGCUAAGGAGACCCAAGAAGCACUGGAAGUCAAGGAGGACCCGGAGGUGAAGGUGGAAGUGCCAGUUGAUCAGGCACCAGCUGAAAUUGUUAAAGAAAUUGAUGAGAUAGGUGAUAGCAGCCCUGGCCUGGAAAGCGGCAUGUCUAUUCCUAAGACAGUAUCAUCCACCACACAGUCCGUCCUGGAAGCAGACUCCCUCUUCUCUGACUCCUCCAGUUCCGAGGAUCAGCGCUAA